UAUGUUUUGAAGGGUCUCUUCUUUGAAAAAUCAGACGUCUUCAGUUUUGGAGUCAUGAUGCUAGAAAUCCUAAGCGGCAAGAAGAACACUGGUUUUUAUCAGCCAAAUGAAUCUUCAAACCUACUAGAAUAUGCAUGGUAUCUGUGGGAAGAAGGAAGAUACUUGGAGUUACUGGACCAAGCAGUGGCAGAAACAUGUACAGCAACAAGCGAAUUUAGACGGUGUGUGGAAGUUGGUUUGUUUUGUGUGCAAGAAAGUGCAGAAGAUAGACCAACCAUGUCAGAUGUUGUGUCAAUGCUUGGAGGUGGUGGUGAUUCAGUAACUGUCUCAGGUCCUAAACAACCUGCUUUUUCUACGCUUGUAAAACAGAAUUCGGUAGAGAAUCCAGGAAUAUGCUCUGUUAAUGAUGUAUCAUAUUCAAGUCUACAGGCUCGAUAGCAUUCCAGCUAUGAUUAUUAAAUGAAACUAUGAAACUUUUGUAGC